AAAACCAACGCAUCCUUCUCAUCACUGCGCCAUAGCCUUUUGCUUUAGCUUGCUGUUCAAAGGGGGCGAAUCGCUUGUGCACCAAAAAGGACGACCUAAAUUACAAUUUGACCGAUUUUACGAAAUAACAAGACAUUUUGCACGUACAGGUCGUGUAAAAAUCGCCAGGGGGCGAAGGUGAAGGUCCAGACACCAGCCCAAACUGAGCCCAGCCCACUGUGUCAAACGUCAGGCAGACGAGAUCCCCGCACACAGACGCUAUGGAACGCUCAUCCUCCACUUCCAGCCUCAUGGCCAGCAGCAACGUCACCAACAAGACCGACCCGCGCUCCCUCAACUCCCGGGUCUUCAUCGGCAACCUCAACACCCUGCUGGUCACCAAGGCGGACGUGGAGGCCAUCUUCUCCAAGUAUGGGAAGAUCGUCGGCUGCUCCGUCCACAAGGGCUACGCCUUCGUUCAGUACGCCAACGAGAGGAACGCCCGGGCCGCCGUCACGGGCGAAGACGGGAGGAUGAUCGUCGGGCAAGUUCUGGACUGUAACCUCGCCGGGGAACCCAAACCCCACCGGUCAAAAACCUCCAAACGCUCGGCUGGAGACAUGUACAGUAGUUCCUCGUUUGACCUUGACUAUGAUUUUCAAAGAGAUUACUACGACAGAAUGUACUCGUACCCGUCUCGCGUCCCCGCGCCGCCGCCGCUGUCGCGGGCCGUGAUCCCGUCCAAACGGCCGCGGGUCAGCCUGAGCGGAGGGAGCAGCCGGCGGACCAAGAGCAGCUUCUCCUCUUCGUCAAAGAGCAGCCAGAGGACUUCAUCGUCCAGAACGAUGAGGGUGGAUGAGCUGCAGAUCAUCAAGCGUGAACUGUCGCAGAUUAAAAGCAAAGUGGACGACCUGCUGGAAAGCCUGGAGCGAAUGGAGAAGGACCACAGCAAGAAGUCUGCAAAGAGCAUAAAGCCAGAGCCGGGCGAGGUGACCUCACCGCCGCACUCCAGCAGCAAGAAGAACGACGGCAUAAAGAGAGAGAGGGAGAGCCAGGACAUGAACAACUCGGAUGAGGAGGAAGAGGACGAUGACGAGGAGGAGGAAGAGGAUGGAGAUCUCCUGGAGGAGGAAGAGUUCUGCUCACAAAUCCGUCAGGUCAAGAGUCAGGAGAGGGAGGAAGAAGAGGAGGAAGAGGAGGAAGGCGAACACGUGGAAGGAGACGAAGAUGACGGCGACAGCGUGAACGGUGACGACGACUCGUAGGCGGAGACUCGGCUACCAGAAGGAGCUGCGACUCCUGUUUUAACACUCAACGUUGUAGAUAGAAACACAAGUGUGCACGAAAACACGAGCAUGGUGCGCACACCUUACUGUCAUGUUGUCCCUGAAGAUUUCCUUUUAGUUUUCGUUUAGUUGUCCAGUAUUACUGUAACAGGAAUAUCUAGCUGCAGGUUUGUGUUUUGUUUCUUCCCGUCUUCGUGUGGAGACGGGAACAUGGACUAAUAAUGUUCUCAGAGACACCAACUCGACGGACAUCUCUUAAAGCGAGGACGGGAACUCAGCCACAGAUUAGUUUUUAGCUUCUGCGUGUUUUUCUUCCUCCUCAGUGAGUUUCUUUGACCUUGUGUGUAUGUUUGUCAGUUUUUUAUAUAUAUAUAUAUAAACACACUUUUUAGUUUAACUGUAAAGAAAUAAAUUGCAAUAAAACAUUAAA